ACCGCUUUUCCAUCCUUUCGAUCAUUGUGCGGCCUGCAUACUGGACGUCAUCGUUUCACUUACUUGCGCAAUAUCCACCUGGAAACCAACUGCUCUCGAUUACGUUUGAGGGUAAAGUACCCUGCGAUGCCACGGAGCAAAGACACAAUGGCGCAACCGAAAGAGAACCGCGUCGCAAAGAGGCCAAGCCCACAGAGCGGAGAGACGGGAAGACGACGAGCGCCAUAUGCACUGCGCGCUUGCGAGGCAUGUCGCCGACGAAAGGGGAAAUGCGACGGACGACAACCAUGCAGGUACUGUGCAGGACGUAAGCAGACCUGCGUCUUCGACAGCAUCUACGGCUCCGAUGACGGCAUGUGGUCCGUCCCGACAGCGACAGCUACCGAUGAUUCCCCUACCGAGUCCGAUCAAUCAAGGCGAGAGACUUCGUCAACGUCAAAUAACCAGGACAACAUCAUGAAACUCUUAUCAAGUCUCCAAGACCAAUUGAACAGUCUCGCAUCCCGCGUGCAGACUCCCAGCGAGGUGGCGAGCGCCAUACAACCAUCCCCGGCAUUCACAAUGGGCAACCAAACACCCGAAGAUUUUCUUUCAGCCCUCAUCACCGACGCUGGAGUCCUCGAAAACUGCCUUGAGUCAAUCGGGCCGUCAACGUGCUCCCCGCCUCGGCAGCUGUACGGCCUGCCGAGCCCGGAGGAGACCAUGAAGGUUGCCCGAACCCGCGUCCGCCGAGAGAGCCUAUACCACACGCCGCCCGAACCAAUGCAAGAAGAACCGAUCAGCCUCGACUUUAUUCCUACUGUGUCGGUCCAUGACGAUGCCAUGUCGUUGGCGCAGAGCACGAGUUCUUUCAACCCACUUGUCACCGGGGCAAACGAUUCCCAAAAGUUGUUGCGCUUCAAGUCUUUGAUGAACAUUGACGAAGUGGUCGAAAUGCUUGGCGUUUACCAAGACGCUAUCGGAAGUCUUCACCCGAUUAUCAACAUCGACCAGACUAUCGCCCAUGCUCGGUUCUUCUAUGCGGAUGCAGACUCGACAAGUUGGGAGAUAGUGACGGAAAAGUCGGACACGGCUUCCGAGGAAGAUUUGAUAAUCUUGAAUCUUGCCUUGGCUAUUGCACUCCUCACAGAAGCGACGCCAGAAAGCUCCAAUAUCGAAGCGCUUAUCGUAGAGGGUAUGAAAGAGGCUGUCAACAGCAGAAUCACCGAAUCUAACACAAGUAUGAAGCAAGUCAUCAUCAUACUUCUCAAGGGCUGCUAUGAAUACUUCAAUGAUAUGCCCCAGGUUGCAUGGCGUAUGUGUGGCAUAGCUGGGCGCAUGCUCAUGGAGCUCGGAGUACACAACGAGGAAGCGUGGUCCCGUCUAGCAAGCUCACCGAGUCUACGUUCAGAACUCUGCACUCUGGUCUCCAGCAUUAUCAUCCUGGACCGACAAUGGAGUGCCGCAGCCAACCUGCCCUCCAACUUUCAUGACUCCAGUUUCAGCCCUGUUAACCUUAUCUCGGCCGAUCAUCCCUACAUACAAGCAAUGCUGUCCUUCAUCCGCGUCAGCAAUAAGCUGGAAGGGCCUAUGGCACAAGCCACAAAGGCCCAGCGGUACGAAGACGAGGAUAACUUUGAGCUCAUGAACUUCCAGUUGGAGCAAUGGCGCAAACGAGCUGUCGGCAACUACUCCAUCACACACCCUGAGACAUGGAGCCUAAGCCCUCCCAAGCAACCUUCCUCUUUCCCCAUACUACUCCACCUGCGUGCGGAAACCGUCCGGAGUUUCCUCCUCAAGCCCUGGUUCUUUUCACGAACCGACACACAGACGAGCAAGAAAUACCUACAGCCCGCAAUCGAAGUCCUCUUUGAUAUCUGCGACGUUCUCUACGCCCUGAACGCCAACACAGACAUCUACCGCAAGCAGCAGCCUUAUUACCAAGAGCUAUUGGCUUCAGCUUCCGCCCUUGGUUUCGUCUUGACGGCCUCCUUAGAGCAGAACCGUUCAACCUUGCUAGCUAGCCUACCCCCAGGACUGUCCAAGGCCAUGGGCCGCAGCUACGAGCUGGCUGUGGCACUGGCAGCGAGUUAUGUUACGAGGUCAAAGGCUGCAAGGCAAUUGUCUGAUCAGCUUGCAGAGGUGCGCGGGAGCCUUAUGGGGUUUGGCAUGAUCGAGAUGCCCGACCCUGCGGAGAAGGAUGACGGCAGGAAGGACGGCGACGCACUUCCUGCAUCGGACUUUAUGUAUGAUGGGUCUUCUGGGUGGGACGAUGAGUUCCAAAUGCAGUGGCCAAAUUGCGAUCUCGAAAACAGUUUUGCUGAGGGCAUAGUCUCUUAAGGGGGCUCUUGACGGUUGUACUUUUACCAUCUAUAAUUACCAUGCGAUACGAGAUGAAUGACGAUCAAUGAUAACAUCGA